AAAGCAGGUCACCUGAGAUGACGGUCAAGCUAGAUUUUGAAGAAUGUCUCAAGGACUCACCCCGCUUCCGAGCCUCAAUUGAAAUGGUGGAAGCUGAAGUGUCAGAAUUGGAGUCCCGCCUGGAAAAGCUCCUCAAGCUGGGUACCUGCCUCCUGGAAAGUGGGCACCAUUACCUUGCUGCAAGCCGUGCCUUCAUAGUUGGCAUUUGUGACCUGGCUCACCUGGGCCCACCAGAGCCCAUGAUGGCGGAGUGUCUGGAAAAAUUCACCGUGAGCCUAAAUCACAAGCUGGAUAGCCACGCCGAGCUUCUUGAUGCUACUCAACACACACUGCAGCAACAAAUCCAGACUCUGGUCAAGGAAGGUCUCCGGGGUUUCAGAGAGGCUCGCAGGGAUUUCUGGAGAGGGGCUGAGAGCCUGGAGGCUGCCCUUACCCACAAUGCAGAGGUCCCCAAGCGCCGCGUCCAAGAAGCAGAGGAGGCUGGAAUUGCUUUGAGGACUGCCCGAGCUGGGUACCGGAGUCGGGCAUUGGAUUAUGCCCUGCAGGUCAAUGUGAUCGAGGAUAAGAGGAAGUUUGACAUCAUGGAGUUCGUGCUACGUUUGGUAGAGGCCCAGGCUACCUACUUCCAGCAGGGCCAUGAAGAGCUAAACCGCCUGGCUCAGUAUCGGAAGGAGUUGGGUGCCCAGUUACACAACCUGGUCUUGAACUCGGCGAGAGAGAAGAGAGACAUGGAACAGAGGCACGUGUUACUGAAGCAGAAGGAGCUGGGUGGUGAGGAGCCAGAGCCAAGCCUAAAGGAGGGGCCUAGUGGCUUGGUGAUGGAAGGACACCUUUUCAAACGGGCCAGUAACGCAUUUAAGACCUGGAGCAGACGCUGGUUCACCAUUCAGAACAACCAACUGGUCUACCAGAAGAAAUAUAAGGACCCUGUGACUGUUGUGGUGGAUGACCUUCGUCUCUGUACAGUGAAGCUCUGUCCAGACUCAGAAAGACGUUUCUGUUUCGAAGUGGUGUCCACCAGCAAGUCCUGUCUCCUCCAGGCUGACUCUGAGCGCCUCCUGCAGCUGUGGAUCAAUGCUGUUCAGAGCAGCAUUGCCUCCGCCUUCAGCCAGGCUCGCCUUGAUAACAGCCCUCGUGGUCCAAGCCAGGUCUCAGGAUACCUUGCCCUGGGCUCUGCUGCUACCCUGGGCUGUGGCGGGGCAGCCAGAGGAAGGGAACCUGGGGGAGUUGGGCAGGUGGCAGCCCAGGUACAGAGUGUAGAGGGAAAUGCCCAGUGCUGCGACUGCAGGGAGCCAGCCCCGGAGUGGGCCAGCAUCAACCUCGGUGUCACUCUCUGCAUUCAGUGCUCCGGCAUCCACAGGAGCCUCGGUGUUCAUUUCUCCAAAGUCCGGUCUCUGACCCUUGACUCCUGGGAACCAGAACUCGUGAAGCUCAUGUGUGAGCUGGGGAAUGUCGUCAUCAACCAGAUCUACGAGGCCCGGGUGGAGGCCAUGGCAGUGAAGAAGCCAGGGCCCAGCUGCUCCCGGCAGGAAAAAGAAGCCUGGAUCCAUGCCAAGUAUGUGGAGAAAAAGUUUCUGACUAAGCUUCCUGAAAUUCGAGGGCGAAGAGGUGGCAGGGUACCCCCAAGAGGACAUCCUCCUGUGCCCCCAAAGCCUGCUGUCAGGCCGCAGCCAGGGAUUGUCAGGUCCAAAUCAGAGUCCCCAUCUGAUGACCUGGGAAGCCUGCACCCUGGGGCCCUGCUGUUCCAAGCUGCUGGACAUCCUCCAUCUCUUCCUACCAUGGCUGAUGCCCUGGCCCAUGGAGCUGAUGUCAACUGGGUCAAUGGGGCUCAGGGGAAUGCCACACCUCUGAUCCGGGCCACAGCUGCUAAUUCUCUUAUGGCCUGUGAGUUUCUCCUCCAGAAUGGGGCAAACGUGAACCAGGCAGACAGUGCUGGCCGGGGCCCACUUCACCAUGCCACCAUUCUUGGCCACACAGGGCUUGCUUGCCUGUUCCUGAAGCGGGGUGCAGAUCUGGGGGCUCAAGACGCAGAAGGCAGGGACCCUCUGACUAUUGCAAUGGAAACGGCCAACGCAGACAUCGUAACCCUGUUACGACUGGCAAAGAUGAGGGAGGCUGAAGCGGCCCAGGGCCAGGCAGGAGACGAGACGUAUCUCGACAUAUUCCGAGACUUCUCUCUCAUGGCGUCAGACGACCCCGAGAAACUCAGCCGUCGCAGUCACGACCUCCAUACUCUUUGAUUCCAGGCUCCUCCCCACUUUGCCAUGACUUGUUCUCUAAUAAAGUCUGUUUCUUCUUUCUCAGUACAUUUACUGGGC